AUGUGGCCGUGGGCAACGAUUUGUGCCCAUUUAUUGUUGUUAUGCACGUUGUUCGUCGACGCACAACACCAUCCCUGUGCGCUACCGCAAAUUGCCUGUGCAGCACGUCUUAGAUCAUAUCCACCCACCCCACAACCUUCUGCAGACGAUAGCUCUGGAUUAGAGGCAUCUGGCUGGGACGAUUCACCUGUUUAUGAUGAAUUCCUUUUACCGUUAUCGCCGUUCGACUUCACUGCUGACGCCAAUGUCACUCACCACGAGAUAUGCGAAUGUGCUUCGGAUUCGAAUUGUUCAUUUGCAAACGAAGAUCAUGUAAUUCAACUUGAUCCUACCAUUGAGCUGGCCUUCUGUCAUCGAACCGAAGAGAUAUUCAAAAUUCCAUGUCGCGGUCGUCGUGGAGUGAUACGUGUGAUUGGACGUAUUCACGAAACGGGAGAAGCGUUGACUUCAAUCAACGAGUCUGUUAUAUUUUGCAGCUGUGAACGAGGUUAUCAGCGAAUUCGUGUUGAACCGUGGAUAAACGAUUUGUAUGCAUUCAUUUACAAAUGCGUUUGA